AUGAUCAUGCAGUUGAAGAAACCUGGGAUCCAAGAUGGUGACAAGCAGGGAAAGUUUAGCUUAUGUAAAAUAGGCAGUAGAGUAGAUAAAAUACCUGCCUUUUCAAGCAAGGCCAGAUCCAAGAUAGCGGCCAGCAGGAGGCUGAUGAAGGAGCUUGAAGAAAUCCACAAAUGUGGAAUGAAAGACUUCCGUAACAUCCAGGUUGAUGAAGCUAAUUUAUUGACUUGGCGAGGGCUUAUUGUUCCUGACAACCCUCCAUAUGAUAAGGGGGCUUUCAGAAUGGAAAUCAACUUUCCAGCAGAGUACCCACUCAAACCACCGAAGAUCACAUUUAAAACAAAGAUCUAUCACCCGAACAUCGAUGAAAACGGGCAGGUCUGUCUGCCAGGAAUUAGUGCUGAAAACUGGAAGCCAGCAACCAGAACCGGCCAAGUAAUCCAGUCCCUCACAGCACUGGUGAAUGACCCCCAGCCCGAGCACCCACUUCGGGCUGACCUAGCUGAAGAAUACUCUAAGGACCGUAAAAAAUUCUGUAAGAACGCUGAAGAGGUUCCAAAGAAAUACGAGGAGAAGCGACCUGUGGACUAA